AUGAUCCCCAUCUUACUAAUCGCUGUGUUGGUGACGGCAACGAAUGGAAUAGAACUGACGUUCGAGCUGCCCGACAACGCGAAUCAAUGCUUUUAUGAGGAGAUUCAGGCUGGAACGGAGAGCGUUUUCGAAUUUCAAGUAGUGACCGGUGGUCAAUAUGAUGUUGACUUGACGCUUGAGGAUCCACACGGCAAAGUGCUCUACAAGGACACAAAGAAACAAUAUGAUAGCUACACUUGGAAAGCAGAGACCGUCGGUACCUACAAGGCCUGCUUUUCCAACGAAUUCUCUACAUUCUCGCAUAAAAUCGUUUACAUGGAUUGGCAGAUUGGAAAUCAGCAAAAACAGCAACAUGUGCCUGAUGCAAACCAUCCGAUGAACUCCUUGGAAACGAGUGCCGUUUCGAUUGGAGACAAAUUGCGGGUUGUUGAUGAUUAUCAAACGCAUCACAGGCUUCGCGAAGCUACCGGCCGCAAGCGAGCCGAACAAUUGAACGAGCGAGUGUUAUUGUGGAGUCUUGGGCAAACUGCGGUUAUCGUUUUGAUGGGAGUUGCACAGGUUCUCAUUCUUCGGUCAUUUUUCUCCGACAAACCUCGACGACCUUUU